CCCAGUAGUUGAUCCAAGAGCCUUGACACCAGAUGCUGUUCGCGUAUGCAGUAUCUUGUCUUUUCUCUUCAUAGACGACUAUCGCAGUCUACUUUCACCCGAUUCUAUCAGAGGACUUAUUCUUCUCUCUCUGGCAGCAAACGCCUCGUCAAUUUCGCAAAGCAAGCUUCCAUCAUUACAAAGGACCCUGUAUGGGAUCUCAUUUUUCAACUGAAACGCGAGCGCAAAGAUGAACAGAUACACGGUGCUUUGGAGAGCUGUAACAUACCAUUCCUCGAUUAUGUUCUCUGGAAACAUGUGGUAUAUUCACCCAACCUAAACACAGCAAUGUCUGCAAUAGAACAGAGUCAGGGUUUUACAAGUCAACUCCCUGAAGGUUCUGCCAAUGCGCGUCAACAGACGUUGCAGCUUCCCGCGUGGGUUGCUUUCUCCUUACUUUGUCACAAAGUUCGGACUGCGCAGGAUGUCCAGGACGGUCUGUUACGUCUUACGUUUAAGCAUUCGUGGACCCUUGGCUCUAAAGACCGCCCAGCACUAUUGAUUCUGUCCACGCACGCGCUCGCCCACUUCGACAUUCUUACGCCGAUGCGUAAAAUCGUGGAGCAGUUUCUUGCACGCACGAUUCAGUUUCCCGCAUUUCACUUCAAUGCUCUUCUCCGCGGCCUUUCUGGUUUCACUCGUUCAGAAGAGGCGGCCAAUCUUGCUGUAUCUGUACUCGAGGCAAUGUCAACGCGAGAGGUGCCGUUAUGGCUGGAAACAUACAAGCCGCUGAUGCGAGAUCGCUUUGUCACUCUCCAAUUGACCAAGAUCCUCCAUACAAAGAUGGUCCACGAAGGAGUUGUACCAACUGCAGAACAUUUAGAGGCCUUCCUUCGCAUCUUUUCCAAACACGGAGCCGUUCAGGAUUCACAGGAAUAUCUCCGUGCCAUCCGUCGAUACUGUAUAGAGCAUGGCCUAACAGUACCUCACGGGCCGGAUGUUCACCUCCGUGGUUCUGAUCUCUCAGGGACAACGCACCCUGCAAACACCCUAUACAUCGGAUCUUUGCGGCAUGACUGUGCUUCCGCGUUUCACUAUCUCCAUAAGCUUCUCCAGCUUGAUGCUGCCCACAACUCUAGACCUGUCGCAACCGUCCCAGGACCUUCAUGUCGCCACGCAUCCACAAAGUUCUGGUCUGGUACCAAGACCAGCGUGGACAUCUUUGAUUGGACAACUGCACUCAUUUCUGCAGCAAACGACAAGCGGACCUCUACAUCCACCCUUAUCACGCUUUUUGAGCGCGCACGCGAACGAACGAAGCAGUUCAGACCCACUGUUGUCACAUAUACCGUCGUGCUUCGUGGCUUACUCUUCCGAGGAGCUUUCGAUGAGGCCUUAAAGAUAUGGAAUCAGUUGCUCGAUUCAGAUCUUUUACUUGAUCGCAAGGCACUGACUGUGGGUGUACAAGUCCUUGCUCGUGCAGGGCAACCGCAGGAUGCAUUCUACCUUCUGAACUCGUUCAUGGACGCACAGCGCACCUCUUCGCAUCCAGCAUCCCUUCCAAAUGACAAACAUAUCACCCCAGCAGUCCAUCAUUGGAUCAAUAUCAUCGUCAUCAACGAGUUCAUGGUCUCCCUACUGCGCAUUCGCCGCCCAGAUGUCAUCUUCCAGCUGUGGGACCACCUCGAACAGCUCUAUUCUGUCCUUCCAACCGAAGCCACGUUAAACAUCCUCCUCAAAGCUGCCGUGCUCGCAACCAAGAUGGAUAAUGAGUCUGUGCGAGGGACAUUCGCGCACCUGUUCCAUACGCCUACAGCAGAGUCCAGCAGCCCUAUCGACUUGAUCAUGGAACAGCUUCAGUCUGCGCAUCCGCCGUCAGUCGUUGGGAUCUGGAAGGACCGCCGCGCGGGUGAUGUAGCUCGAGACAUUUUCCGUACUAUAAUGUAUGGAAAUUGGAAGCGGCUCCUAGAUGUAAAGGCACCCGCUUCCGUCGUGCACUCUAAGAACGCUGAGGCUACCCCUCUUUACCCGCUAGUGGAACUAGCCAAAAGCAUUACAAUACCGUUCUCCAUGCGCAAAGACCGUGAUGCGCAACUGAAAAUCAUUCCCGCGGAUGUCCAUUUACCCGAAAAGAAGCCAUACCAUCCCUAUCUGUCUAUCGUACCCACCGACCUGACCUUCUCGACCUACAUUCAGCUUCUGGGUUUCACUGGGCGCGCAUCAGAAAUUCCGCUUACACUCGCGUGGAUGCGCGCGCUCCAGAUAAAUCCCUCGCGCAACACAUUGUCCAUUGCGCUCGUGUUCUGGGCUGAGGUGUCCUUGCAUGGAUCAUUGUUUGAGGAGUGGGCGGAACGACGAAAGAAAGGGGAGAGUGAAUAUGGGCGGCUGGUUAGAUGGAUGACUGAGUGGGUCGGGGAGGAGGCUCCGACAGAGUCGGACAUACAAAAGGCGUUGAGAGCGGUGGCCAAGAUGAGAGACAGUUCUUUUGGUCGAUCAUGAUGCUCUGAGACACUCGAUAAUCAUUUGCCUGACAAGCGAAAGGCACAACGAAAAACAUAUCACUAGUUGGCAGAUUGUCUUGAGCAAAGAUGAAAUAGUACAGGGGAGAAUGAUAAAUUGGCUAAAGCAGGGAAACUAAGGUUCCAUUACGAACCGAGAAGACGAUUUCCAAUGAUAAGCGGGAGGUCAGCAGAGGCGAUCGAGCUGCGACUUGGGCCACGGCUUUGCCGUUUCAGCAUCUCAGGCCAGGAGGGUUACCUUUCAAGUGGUCUGUCAAGUAAGGAUUACCUCGGGUGGCGUAUUCUUGAUUGUUCAAUCCCGGAUUGUCGCGGCCUGAAAAGGAGACGGU